AUGAUUUUAAUUCUUUCAACAAUCAAAAAUUCCAUUAAUAAUAAUGGCACUAUCACCACUACCACCACUACUAUUAAGGGCUUUACUACUAGAAAACCGAAACCUUUACCACAAUUAGAAAAAGAAAAGGCUAAACGUGUUUUCUAUGGGGUGGUUGGUGUUUCAAUGUGGAUAGUGGCGACUGUUUGUUUUUUUAAUUAUGAACGUGUCAACAACAAUAUAAUUCAAACAAGUCUACUUCAUAUUAAAAAGAAUCCAUUAGCCAUAGAAACUUUAGGGAAUAGUAUUGGUUUUUCUUCAAGUUGGCCUUGGGUUAUUGGAAAAGUUAAUAUUUUGAAAGGAAAGGUGGAUGUGAAAUAUUCUGUGAAAGGAAGUAAAGCUAAAGGUAAAAUUCAUUUUCGUGCAAUCCGUAUUCCAUUGGAAAGAAAUUGGAAAGUCUUGGAAUUUUCAUUGACAAAAGACAAUGGAGAAGUUAUCUUGCUUAAGUUACCAAACGAACAAUUUUUUCAUACUUAA